AUGAUGGAUUAUAGUUUUGAUAACUUUGAAGUGAAUGAAAGUAGAAUAACAUUGAAUGUAAAUUUGAAUUGUUAUUAUUUUGUAUAGAAAGAUGAAGAAAUAAAGAAGUUAACAUUAGAAGAAGACUUACCAGAGAUCAAACGAGCAUAAAUUAUUUUGAUGAAAGGAUAACAACGUUAAAAAUUAGCUGUACUUUAUUUUUUAAAUCUAUUUUUUGUUUAUUAGAUAUAUAACAAUCUACACAGAUUGUUAUCUCUUGGUUUUGAUUAAUUGUAUCAAUAUAUAAGAGGUGACAUUAUGGAGUAAAGUGAAGAAGUACAAAUAAUUGCAGCAAGAUCUUUAUAAGGUUGCAAAAUAAAGCCAAAAGAAAUCAUUUAAUUGUCAUUACAUUUCAUUUAACUAUAUUAAUGGAAAUUAGCACAGGCUUGGAUGCCUGUAUUUCAAAAUUUGGUGUUACUGAUUGAUUAUAAAGAAUUUUAGACUUAUUUAGAGAAAAUGAUUCUCCAAUUUAGUGAACCUAAAUAGCCUGAAAUUGGUAGAUGGGUUGGUGCUAAAAUGAUUGUAUGCAUUUCACCUGUGUUGAAAGAUGAAAUGAAAGGACCAAUAUUAGAUAGAGCUCGUUUAUUAUGUUCAGAUCCAGAUCAUGAAAUUAGGGAAUUAGUUGCAGAUGAAUUACUUACUUGUUUAAUAUGCAACUUAUCAGGAGAAUUAGUAGAAUAAUAUUUCAUUGACAAAAUUAAUGAAUUGUUAUAUGAUACUCAAAUAAAUGUUAAAAAAAGUAUGAUUAAAACUUUCUUAAGGUUUCAACAUAAGUUUCCCAGAAACAGUUACAAUGUAAUUAUGAUAUUAAAUUAAUUAGAUUAAAGGAACCACCAUAUUUAUUGAUUGUUUAUCAACAAACAAUAUAGAAUUAUUGAGUGUGGCUUUAUAAUAUUGUGGAGAAACAUUUGUAUAAAUUCAAGAUUAGAUUAAUGAUGAAUUUAAAAAUAAGUUUACUAACUUAUAUUAGAAAUUUGGAUAACAUUAAAAUGAUGAUAUUAGAAAAUGGUACUUAUAUAAUCUACCUGGAAUCAUAUAACAUUUACAUGAAGGACCUUAUGCUAGUUAGAUUUUAAUGCCAUAUGCAGAUAUAUUAAUAUAAGAUAAGAGUCAUUAGAACAAAUUGCUAGCUUGCAAAAUAUUGCAUGAAAUAUCGAAAUAGUUUGAUGUAAUUGAAGUACAUAAAUCUUAAAGUACAGUUAUGUGUUACAAAAAAUGUGGCAUUUGUUUGAGUGUGUGAUCUAGAGUGAAGAUCUUGAUUGCAUAUUAGUCAUCAAUUUACCUGAAAUGUAUAAGUUGUUGUAGGGUAACGAAGAGAAUUAGGAGAAACUAGUAAUUAUAUAAAUUUAAUAUUCCUCUAGAAAACUUAGUUUAAAGAUAUUAAUUAAUAAUUGCAAAAAGUCUAUCAAAAAUGCUUAAGCAAUUAUUAAUAUAAUUAAAUAUUUUUAGAACAUCUUCUCAAAUUCCUACAUUUAAUAAACAAAAAGCAUUUUGAACAAUACAUACUUCCUGUCAUCUAUAAAGAUUAAUAAAAUAUUGAUUCAGAUAUCUUAUCUAUGAAAUGUUUAGCAAAAUUCUAUAGUGUUUGUUAAGAUUAUGAAAUCCAAAUGAAAAUAAAAGAUACAAUGAAUCUAAUGUUCUUUAGAGGUAAUAAUAACAAGAGAGUUCGUUAUAUCUUUUGGGUAUCCAAUCUGGUACCAUUAAUAAGUAAAAAGCGAUUUCAAGAACUUAAUGUAAUUAAUUUUUUUCAUUUUCUAUAUAGCUCAACUAAAUACUCUCUUAUAGCUCUGACAAAGCUGCGAGUGUUUAAAUACAAUUAAUUAAAUCUUUACCUAAAAUCUACUAAUAUUUAGAACCUAUUGAAUACAAUCUUAUAAAGAAUGUUAAGGGAAUAACCCAGUAAUCUUUGGCCAGAGAUGCAUUCCUCUUAAUUCAGUAAAGAUAAUAGCAAAAUCAAAACUUUUAGGAAGAGUAGAAUAUUCUAAUUCAAUAAGAAGAAGCUGUCUUUACUUAAUUCACUUAACAAUAAAAAUAGGAGAAGGGUAAUGAUCUAAUCUAGAAUAAUGAAUAUGCAAAUAAAUAUCUUAAAAAACCAUUCCCAAAAUUGAUUUAAUCAUAAUCUAAAAAGACUCCAAAUGCAUCUACUUCUGUGAGGUAUUUUAAUUUUUUAAAUAUUUUUUUAAAUUUAGAUUAGCCAAUCAAUCAUUUGGAGAACUCACUCCUCAAUAAUUAUAAUAAUAACAACAAUUUAAAAGAGUUCGUAGAUAUACUGAUGCUGCCAAAUCAACUUCAAAACCUUCAUCUAGACCUAGUGGAUUUACAUAAAAAUGA